UAUAACCACAGGUUAUUAUCUAUAUCAUGUUUGAUAGCUUAAUAAUUAAUACCGAAUUACACUAAAUUGGUGUUUGAUAGCAGUGUAUUAAAAUGCAGUAGAGUUAAAUAUUUGUUUGAUACAGGAUGUAGGAAUGUAGUGUAAUCAUUGAAAUUCCAUUUAUACCCUCAACUAACAAUCAAAUUUACUCACAAUCUCCUUCACUCAUUUCCAGCGGGAAUUACUCAAUGGGCGCCAAUUAGAUUUGCCCCCAAAAAUUUUACUUUCAUAUAAUACACGCAGCCCACACAAAAAUUCCCCAUCUCCAUUGACGCAAAUUGCAGAUUCAACUGAGAAUCUCGACAGGUGCUCACGCGGGGAUAAUUCGCCAUAUUUUCGUCUACGGAAUUGAACAAUCAUGAGCUCUUCUCAACAAGCAACCGAGACAGCAAGUAACGAUGUAGGGUGUGGGAAACCAACUAAAACGAACAAGACGCGGCGCAGUUGGACGCCGAGAGAGGAGGAUGUGCUUCUUGCUGCUUUGAAAGAGCUUGUUGUGCAGGGUUGGAAGUCCGAUAACGGCUUCCGCGCCGGGUAUCUCGGAAAGUUGGAAGAAGCAGUCAAGAGCAGAUUUCCAAACUCGAACCUCAAAGGAAUGCCUCACAUUCACUCAAAAAUUGCAGCUUGGAAGAGGAAUUACUAUUCUCUAGACCUAAUGCUCAGUAAUACCGGAGUUGGUUUCAAUGUGGAUGGGACACAUAUGAUCGAUGUCAACAACGAGCAAUGGGAUCAAAUAGUAAAUAAGGAUCCUAAUGCAUGCUUGAUGCGUUUUAAAAGCUGGCCCCAUUUGGAUGCAUGGAAAGAAAUAUUCGGGAAGGACCGCGCAACUGGAGGAAGCGCAGAAGACUUGCUUGACGCUAUCAACGAUAUGCAGCGCGCGGACAACUUGGAAAACAACGGAGAUCAGGGGGAUUACCACGUGCACCUCGAAGAACAGGCGGAAAAUGAUGGGGCCGCUGAUAGUGUUUGUCAGGGUGAAAAGGAACAAGGGAUUGCAAGAGGCGCUGGGAGAAAACGUAAGGCCAGUGGUGAUGGCCUAGAUGUGCUCGUUGAUGUGUUUAGUGAGAUGGGUCGAAACGCAGACAAGAGGGUGGACUGCAUUGCCUCUCGCAUGGGCUACGAAUUCAAUCUAGGGGAGGCUAGAAAAGAGGUAUUUAAUCAGUUAAAUGCCAUGACUACUCUGUCAAUGGGCCAGAAAUUCGACGCAUAUCAAAUGUUGGCUGGUGAAAAACAAGGACUGGAGCUCUUUAUGGGCCUUCCCGAGGAGGCAAAACCUCAGUACGUCCUGCAUAUUCUCACAACGAAGACGUCAUAAUCUUUAGUAGUCUAGUUGGUUUUUUUGUGAUGACAUAUUUUGGUGGGAUACUAUGAUGUAGUGUGAAUUACUAGUCUAGUUGAAUGCUAAGAACCUCAGUGAUGAUCUUGCUUGCUAUUUUGAACAAAUAUUA